CCAUACAAAAACUUUCAGAUAUUAUUCAAAAUAUGAAAACAUUCAUUAGCGAAAUAACACAAUUAAAAGGACUGCGAAAAUAUAGUCAAACCAAAUCUAUUCAAACUAUGUUCUAUGAAUUAACGACAGAAUUUGAUAGUUGCAUAAAUAUGUUGAAUUUUAUUAAUACAGAUAACAUAAAAAGUCGUACAGAGCAUGAAAAAGAGAUUAUAGAUAAUGAUCUUGAAGAACUUAAUCAGAAUGUCAAUGAAAUAAAUAUGGUCAAAAAACUCAUUUUGGAUUCAAGAACUAAUCGAGAGCAAAUCCAGGCAAUUAUUGAGGAUCAAAAUAAGCUGCUUAAACUUGAUGAUUUUAAAGAGACAGAUGAAAUGCGUGGAAAAAAAGUUAAAAAGUACAUUCGCCUAAUUGAUAACAAAACCGUCGCUUUUAAAUACGUAACUGAUGAAUCAGAUACUACCAAUGCUAAGAAUGAUAUUCGAAAUCAUGUUGCUAUUCUUAUGAAGCUUAAAGACUGCCAUCAGAUAAUUCAAUUUCAUGGCCUUAUUUCUGACGGCGAAAAAUCAAAUGAAACAGCAAAAAUUACCAACUUUUCAUUUAGUAGAUACAUUAGAGAUGAUACAAGAAAAUUAGCUGUGUCAUUACAAACUGUUCGCUACGCUGCCCCUGAAAUGUUAUAUAGAAAUAAUAAUAAAUAUAAUACUAAAUGUGAAGUCUACAGUUUUGGUAUUCUUUUAUGGGAGUUAGCAGAGCAAAGAAUUCCAUAUGAAGACCUCGAUGAUAUUAUGGAAAUUAAAAAUCGUGUAGAUAAGGAAAAAUAUCGUGAACCAUUUACAGAUUAUUCUGGGUUACCAAAAGAAUAUAAAGAAAUCUCUAGAAAAGCUGUAGGUGCUGAUCCCGAAUUUAGACCAACUUUAACAGAAAUGUUUAAAACUCUCAAAGAUCUUUUUGAACCAUUAAAUCCUCCAACUUUAUCCUCUAAAAUACCUUAUAAAAUUAAUGAUGUUCCGCCCAUGUCACAUACUCACAAUGAUAACAAUAUUAUCCAAGAUGAUAAUAUUCAAGUUACAGAGAUUAUCAAUUUUGCUGAAUUUAAUUAUAUGACAGUGAAAGAAGCCACAUUAACUCAUCGUGCUACUAAUGGUAAUUUGGAGAUGGCAUUCAAAUGUUUAAAUGCAUAUGCAAAAUUAGGGGAUUUAAAAGCAAAAUACUUUGUUGGUUAUUAUCUUUACAGAAAGUUAAUAAAUACUCUUUAUACUGAAGAAGAAAGAGAAAGGCGUGCUGCUCAAUUGUUUAAAGAAGUUGCGGAUGCAAGUGAUGAAGUACAUGAUGCACAAUUAAAAUACGGGUUAUGUUUAUUUAAUGGUACGGGUGUCGAUAAAAAUUAUUCAGAAGCUGCCAAAUAUUUUAAGAAAGCUGCUGAUAAUGGACUUGUAGUUGGCAUGUAUAAUGUUGGAAAUAUACUUUAUACUGGCCUUUCUGGUGAUAAAGAUGAAGAAUUAGGUGUGAAAUAUAUUAGAAGAGCUGCUCAAAAUAACCAUUUAGAAGCUAUUGAAUUUUGCAAAAAAAACAAUAUUUCCAUUAUUUAG